AUGGUCCAGCAAGUUCAGGCGCUGGCCUGUGACUCUUUAACGACGUCGGUGUCGCAAGAAAUCCAGAGGCCGACUGUUAUGUUAAUGCAGGAGCUGGUUUUACACUGGGUUAUGUGUAGGUUUACAACACUCUCUACAAGCUUGGGACCGUUUCGAUACAGCUACGGGUUUGGCAUGACGAUGAAAAACAUUUACUAUGUUGGGUUGAAAUUCACUUCUCCAACAUACUCAUGUGCUAUUAGCAAUAUUCUCCAUGAUCUCGAAAAGGCUUGUACAAGGAUCUCCACGAUUGCGUUUUUCCCUUCACGAGACACCGAGACAAUGGAGUGCCAAGCAGUGAGAAUGGAUACAGAAGGAGAAGGAUGA